AUGAGAAACCACAGUGUUGUUUCUGAGUUCAUCCUCCUUGGGCUGUCUGCUGACUCCCAGAUCCAGGCUCUGCUCUUUGUGCUGUUCCUUGUUGUUUACCUCCUGACUCUGAUGGGGAACCUGCUGCUGCUGCUGGUGAUCAGGGCUGAUUCUCACCUCCACACCCCCAUGUACUUCUUCCUGGGACAGUUGUCCUUCCUGGAUCUCUGCCACUCCUCUGUCAGUGUGCCCAAGCUGUUGGAGAACCUUCUGUCUGAGAAGAAAACCAUCUCAGUAAAGGGCUGCCUGGCUCAGGUCUUCUUUGUGUUUGCCACUGGAGGCACUGAAUCCUGCCUGCUUGCUGUCAUGGCCUAUGACCGCUAUGUUGCCAUCAGCUCCCCUCUGCUGUACAGCCAGAUGAUGAAUAGACAGCUGUGUAUAGGGCUGGUGUGGGGCUCAUGGAGCUUGGCUUUUCUGGAUGCUCUUAUCAAUAUCCUUGUAGCUCUCAAUUUAGACUUCUGUGAGGCUCAAAAUAUACACCACUUCAGCUGUGAGCUGCCAUCUCUCUACCCUUUAUCUUGCUCUGAUGUGUCUGCAAGUUUUACUGCCCUGCUCUGCUCCAGCCUCCUGCAUUUCUUUGGAAACUUCCUCCUGAUAUUUUUCUCCUAUGUUCGCAUUUUAUCCACCAUCCUGAGCAUUAGCUCUGCUACAGGCAGAAGCAAGGCCUUCUCCACCUGCUCCUCCCACCUCACUGCGGUGAUCUUCUUUUAUGGCUCAGGGUUACUCCGCUAUCUCAUGCCAAACUCAGGAUCCACUCAAGAGUUAAUCUUCUCCUUGCAGUAUAGCGUGAUCACUCCUAUGCUGAAUCCUCUCAUCUACAGCCUGAAGAACAGAGAGGUGAAGGCAGCUGUGAGAAGAAUCUUAAGAAAAUGUGUCUAG